AUUGGCCCGCGUACAAUCCAGUUGGCGGGCCUGGCACCUGGCCUGUCUGGCGCCCGGCCGCUCCUCAGCCAGCCCCUUUGAACACGCAAAGCGAGUAGGGCAGUUGUGUGGGGCUUCUGCCGGCGUUGUGUCUGUUGUGUGGUUGAAUGGUUGUUGUUAUCGGGCCUCCUCCUCUCCCAGUGCGCCCAACAACGCGGACUGCCGACUGCCGUCCGCCGCGCCGCCCGCCUCCCACUGCUUGAACGAGCCACUUGCGCGAGUUUGAAAGGACUCACUGCUGUCUGGCUUCCUUUUCCUGUUCGUCGCCGUUUGUUUUCCCUCGGGUGUGUGACGCGCACUUGCUCGUUCGUUUUUAGUUCGCUAGCUCGUCGCCCCUUUCGCCUCCUCAGCGAGCAGACUCUCAGCGAAGCCAACCUCAGCGAGCGCAGCAUGCUGCUUUCUAAAGGCGCGGCGACACUGCUUCGCCAGGCACGUUUGUUGGAGCCCAAACUUCGUGCCCAGUGGUUCGCGGCUUCGAGGCUGAAGUCCACGGGCGGAAACCCGAAGCUGACGACGAGCUAUGUGUACGAGCCCUGCGAGUUCACGCUGUCCGAGGGCACCUUCGGGGCGCACAUCGACUCCACGGCCGCCCAGUGGGGAAACCGGACCGGCUGGGUGUUCAUGAACGAAAGUCUAGAAGUGACCUUCGCGGAGUACAAGAAAGACGUGGACCAAGUGUGCCGAGGUCUGCUGUCUGCAGGCUUUGAGAAGGGGGACUCUGUGGCCAUCUGGUCUCCCAACACCUACAACUGGGUCGUCCUCUACGGAGCCAUGGCAAAGGCCGGCAUUGUCUCCGCAUGCGUUCAUCCCGCUUACACUGCCGCAGAAUUCGAGAGAUGUCUGGUCAAGGUCGGCUGCAAGGGAAUUUACGUUCCCGAGUCGUUCAAAACUCUCAAAUACUACCAGACACUCUGUAACCUGAUCCCGGAACUCAAGGAUUCUAAACCGGGACACAUUAAUUCAAACAAGUACCCAUUUCUGAAGUGCGUAAUCGUCGACAGCGAUAAAGCUUUACCGGGAUGCGUAACCUCGAAAGAAAUCUUUCAAGGCGGAAACUCCAACUUGGAGGAAGCAGAAAAGAAAGUCGGCAUGGACGACCCUCUGACUAUAGUCUUUACAUCGGGAACGACGGGACAUCCGAAGGCAGCCAUGUUGUCCCACCACGGGUUUGUCAACAACACAAUGGUGUACCAUUUCAGGAACCCCCUGGACACAGUGGUGACAAUAUGCAACCCGUUGCCAUUCUUUCACGUGUACGGAAUGACUCUCGCCCUGGGGCAACCAGUGGUGAGGGGGCAGAAAGCGGUGAUCCCGAACCCCGGCUACGACACCCACGACGUCCUCAAGGCCAUUCAUACUUAUAGGUGUUCAGAAGUUGCUGGAGCUCCGACGAUGAUCACCGACAUGAUCAGUCACCCGGAGCGCAGCAAGUAUGACCUCUCGUGCUUGACCAAAGUCGUCAUGGGAGGCAACAUCGUCACUACAGAAGUGAGGAAACUGGCUGAAAAGGAGUUUCCUGGUGCUAAAGUGCAGACUGGUUACGGAGCGACGGAGACUACCACAGCGGCCACCCUGGUGAGUCAUUUGGAUCCGGAGAGCAAGAGGUUCAACACCGUGGGGCGACCGCUUGCGUUCGUCGAGUUGAAGAUCGCCGACCCGAGUACCGGCGUGGAGACUCCCGUCAACGAGCCCGGAGAGAUCUGGGUCCGGGGCCACAACAUCUUUCUGGGCUACUACGGUGACGAGGAGAAGACCCAGGAAGCCAUCACCCCCGCCAGGUGGUACAGGACGGGCGACUUGGGAACGCUCGACGAAGAUGGCUACCUCAACGUUAUCGGCCGUUUAAAAGAUAUGGUCAUCAGGGGUGGCGAAAACAUCUACCCCAUUGAAAUUGAAGCGGUCCUCAACACUCAUCCUGCGGUCGAAGAAUGCCUGGUGAUAGGACUCCCGGACGAGCGGAUGGGUGAGGAGUUGUGUGCUUGGGUGGUCCUGAAACCAGACGCCAAAGCCACCGAUGCCGAAUUGCAGGAGUUCUGCAAGGGCAAGCUAAGUCAUUUUAAGGUUCCGAGGUACUUCGUCUACGAGGCUGAUUACCCAAAGACUGCCAUCGGAAAAGCGCAGAAGAACCUGAUGCGCGACGCUGCACGCAAGAAAUUUAACCUCUAAUGGUUCAUAAGACAAUUCUAGUGUUGUUGUAUUUUUUUUUUUUAAUCCACGUUACCCUCCUCUUGGGUGGAUGCCUGCCCACCUGCCAGAGUCUACGAUGUCUUCCAAGAAACCUCGAGGACCAUACACUUUAGAAUGGAACUUAGCUUGAUAUUGGAAUUUUUCUUGUGUAGAAUAAUCGCUUUGGCAUUUUUAUUCUAGGUUUAUACACAUUUCAACGAUUCUCAGAUUGAGCAACAACUUCUUUAUCGAAAAUUUUUUACAAAGUAAGAAACUUCUGCAACAUAAAAAAAAAGGAAUAGUUUUUUUUAAUAUUUUGCAGUUCUCACAUGUCACGAAACUGCCUGAAAACAAAGUGAUGCGAUGGGUUUUAUACAUGUUUGCCCGGGUUAGAAUUUGCAGUUAUAUUAGAGUGUUUCGAGAUAUAUUUUUGGUAAAAAAACUUUACACAAACUUUCCGGAUUUGUUUUUUAUGCUCUAUCGAUUUUGCGUAUAUUUUUUUAUGAUAUGAUUUCUUGGAAGUAUAUCUCUCAAGAAAUAGAAAGUUCUACAAGAUUCAAGUGAACCUGUGAAUAUCCGCGGCUUGCAAUGUAAGUUUAAAAGUACGCGAUAAAAAUUGGAGAACGCAAAAUGUUGGCUUUGUUACAUUUAAGUAAUUCUAGUCAGGCGAGAAGACCGACGUAACUUUUUCUAGACGUUACACCCUUAAUUGCAACAGGAAGGGUACUUUUUCUUUAAUUCAAAUUAAAGAAUAAGAGUGUUUACCUGUUAUUUCUCAUCUGUUUGGUCAGCGGGCUCCAAACAUGCCAGCUUCGAUUUAUGGUUCAAUCAAAGGGAACUUGUUAAAUAUCUCAUUUAUAAUAAAAAGAAAAUGCGCGUUCUGUUUUUAUCCAGUGCUUGGAAGUCAUUGUAAAUCUUGUAUAAAAGUUUCCAAUU